CGGGGGCCGUCAGGUGUUGUGUGACCCCGGAAGGGCAAACGGUUUUUGACCGCUAAGACACAGGUGUUGAAUGUUAGGAGGAUGAAUGGAUACAUUUUUUUGUUGCACCGAGAAUAAACCUCGUAUGAUGGAACAGUCAGUGGAGAAGUGUGGACUCAUUCCUAAAGUAGUACGGAAAUGUGGACAACUUAGCGCGUCCGGGGUCAAACCCCUCAGUAGCUUGUAGUGGACAAAGCUCCUAUAACACACGCUAUGCAAGGUAUACUUUAAUUCCGCAGAGGUGCAGAGCAUCAGGACACACUCUCACCUUUGGAAAAAGUCUCUGAAAGACACACCGGACACAAGGACAAUGUCAGAGAGGAUGCACUAGAUGUCUCCUGGGAAGAUGGACUGUUGGUGGUUUACAAGAUCACUGACUAAAUGUCCUUGCAAGGCUCAAGUAUGCUGUGGAAGUUUCAAGAGGCCCACAAGGAGAGCUGAAAGGGGUGGAAGGACGAUCCUUGACUCAGGAAACUCGCUGCCAUUUCCAGGAAGUGUCUUCAGCUGAGGCCUACUUAGAGAUAUCCAGCCUCUUCAAGAAACUCAAACACAGUGGGUCCAAGUACAAGCUCAUCAAGGCGGAAGACUGAUAGAGGAAGUCAUGGUUACUGAUGACGAUGUUUGUAACUGAACACACUGUCUGCGUGCUACAAAAAACCCCUCAAAUAAACCACAAACUAAAACAGCACUUUUACUGACUGAAAUUUAAUGUCAUUUCACAUUUUGAAACUGAUACAUAAUUUGGUUUUAUGCAUCAGCAGCAUACCCCCAAACCCAUUUUCACUACAGAACUAAAUAAAGACCAAAAAAGCAUUAAAGCAGCAAUAAAAAAAAAUAAAUAAAAGGUAGAUUUACAAAAAGACAUAAAUUCUGUGAAUAAGGAGUGUGAUAGUUCUGAUGUCACAAGAGAUGUGGGUGUUUAAGUAUUUUUUUGAAAUAAUAUUUUCUGUAUAUUUAACUGGUAGUCUGUGAUCACAGUUGACAGACUGCAAAAUAUGCAAAAAUGUCACAACUGUUUUAUUCCUAAAACAGCAAACUGUGGUUUAAUGGUUCGAAAAUGGAUUCUAAAUGAAAGAAUCUACACUAAUAACUCAGAUAAAACCCUCCAGUUUUGUCCACUAGAUGGAGACUAACGACCAAGUAAAAUCCAGGUUGUCACAGUAAAAAAACUGGUACCCCUUUCGCUUAUAUAGGCCUACCAGAGAAUGUAUGUUCAUUGGUGUAAUGUGGAAAGCCCUGUUGUGAUCACACUGAUCUUUAAAGUAAGUAUCUUUACAGCCUACUUUACGUUUUUCGACACACACGAGCCACGAGGGGCGCUGCAAGACGCUGGAGCAGAAGACUUUCAUACGAUUUUUGUCCCUCUUCGCUCUCCCUAUUCAUUUGCCGAUAAAAGUUUUUGGGUGAAGACAAACCGGCAGAAUAAAAAUGAUAUGUUGUGUGAGAUGACACAAGCAGAUGUUAGUGGAUUAAACAUGAGCAUGGUGUCUCCGGGGAUCAACAGGGACACACUGGAGAGGAAUGCUCCUUUAAUACGCCUGGACGAUGAUGCUGACCUUAGGGAAAUAUAUAAAUUUGGACGGAAAUUGGGUCAAGGUAGCUUUGGAGUUGUUUAUGAAGCCACCCACAUUGAGACGCAGACAAAGUGGGCCAUUAAGGAGGUCUGCAGACCAGCGGCAGGAAGCUCAAAAGUCAAGAUGCUGGAGCAUGAAAUUAAUAUUCUCAGACAAGUGAAUCAUGCUCACAUAAUACAUCUCCACGAAGUCUACAGCACACCUAAGAUGACAUAUUUGGUUACAGAGCUAUGCGUAGGAGGUGAACUGAAGCAGCUGCUGCAGCGGAAAAAGUUCCUUACAGAGGACGAGACGAGGCAUAUCAUCCACAGCUUAGCCGACGCUGUUGUCUACCUUCACAAAAGAAACAUAGUGCACCGGGACUUGAAACUUGAGAACAUUCUUUUGAAAAAUUCUGAUGAAGAUGAUAAUGGCAGGAUUAAUAUCAAGGUGACAGACUUUGGAUUAUCGGUGCAGACAGGUGGUGUAGGGAUCGAGAACAUAAUGACUGAGACCUGUGGGACUCUUAUCUAUAUGGCACCUGAAAUGAUGAGCGGCCGUGGUUAUGGCCAGUGGUGUGAUGUAUGGAGCAUAGGAAUCGUUAUGUAUAUAUUGCUGUGCGGGGAGUACCCGUUUGUGUCUAAAACGAGGGCAAAACUACUUGAGGAGAUGAUGAAGAAAGGAGCCAGAUUUACUCACACCAUCUGGGCCACAGUCAGUGAUGCAGCAAAAAAUCUACUGACUUGCCUCCUGAAGGUGGACCCCGCCUACCGCAUGUCUGCUAAUCAGCUACUAGAAAACCCCUGGAUCACAGGUGACACUAAUGUGCCUGCUAUACCGUCCAAUGUGCUGGACAUGAUGCGUCAACACCUGGAACAGGAAGAUAGAAAACAGACUGUGGAGGGCUUGUCCCUCACCUCCUGUGAGGACGCUGUGGACCUGUCCCAUGUGCCCAGGGCAGCUUCAGCAGAAGCCACCAGCAACGGCAGGAGCCACGCUAAGCUCAGUCCUGAGAGAGGCAGCAGCUUCUGCGCAGCCACCAAGCUGACUAAACAGGGUGAUGACAGCCUCGAGCAGGACAAGCACAAAAAUGGAUCUGAAACCCCGUCGCUGUCCACCACCACCACCAUACAGUCUCCUGCUGGUGUGAAAUCCUCCACACAGCUGUGUGCAAAGCAGCGCCGGGCUUGGGACAAGAAGGACCAAAGACCAUCUACCUCCAGUAAAAGUAGGACUGCCCCCCGCAAACCAUCAUCUGGCACUAAAACACCUUAGGAAUAAAAACACACAAACAAAGAAUCCGUGUCACUUGAGAAAAAAUGAGAGAGAACACAUGGGUGUGAGAGAGAAGAAAAGAGAGAAAACUGAACUAAAGGUGGACUUUAUGUGAUAUACACAGUGACAGCAGUGUCGAAUAAAUGGACCUCAUAUGCUGGUGUGAAAAUACAGGAAGACCAUUGCAGCUGGAGGGUCCAGCCUCAGCUGUGCCUUGUGCCAAAGGAAAGGGGCCCCCCUCUUUGAAAGGUUCGCUGAAUGGGACAACCCUGCUGGACAAAUGCUUACUGUUACACAGCCAACUGUUUGAGAACGUCCAGCAGUCCAAAUGCAAACAGUAAUGGCCAACAAGCACAGAGUGAAUGAGUUUGUCAGAUCUUACAGGUGAUUGAAGGAUUGUGUAUAUAAAGCAGCACCUAGAGUGAGUCGAGGGAAGAGAGGCUCUCAUGAGAUUAUGGGUAAUUUGAGUAAUUUACUUACCACCAAGCUGUAUAUCUUCUCAUUAUUAAGAUUGAUUCUUUGUUUAUAUAAAUUCUGAAUGUAUUCCGUUUCCACAUAGUAAGUAAUAGUAACUUGCAAACAAAUCUCUUACAUAAAAAGUAUUUUUAGCUUACUGGCUAAAUGACAACAGGGAUGUACAAAUCUAAAGAGAAAAGAAAUUCCUCCAAAUUUUGAAAUUUGUAGUAGUAAUAGUAUGUUUUUUUAAAUAACACUUAAAAUGUGCCAAAUAUCAUAAAACAUAGAAGUGCUGCACAACGGUUUUUUUUUUAAAAAUAUUUUGUUUUCAAUAAAAUUGUUUUAUAAUUAAAUGUUAAAUUGCUAAAUUGCAGAGACUACUCACAGAAUACUGGAGAUUUUCCUGGACGUCGUUUCACAACACCAAAGUUAGCAUUUGGGAUUUUCUUUUUCCGUUCUGACCUCUCAAUUCCAAAACGCCCUAUAUGCAGAGAUUGCACCCACUGUGUGUCAAAACAGAAAGACUGUCACACUGGCUGGUUACGCUCCAUCUGAAUGCAGAGGAUUGGGACUGGGGGCAGCCACGGGUCUAAUCUCGUUUGGAGGCCAUUGAAAGCAGUAGGAGCUACUUUGAGGGCACUGCCAUUCAAGCACAGGUUUUUCCGCUGUAGAGAGAAUAAUCCCCAGCAUAGAUACAACAUUAAAGUAGCCAAGCAUAACACACAGGGGCUGAAUUUCAAAUCCACCCAUUUGCAUCUUGAAGUGAAUGAGUGCCAACAAUGGGACUCUGUGUUCAUGCACGGGCACUGUGUUUUACUGUGUAUGCGUACAUGUAGUGUGUCUCUGCUGGAAAUGUUUCUAUAUUUCAGGGAACAAGUAAUUGUCUUAAAAGUGUGGACACAAAGUGAGUUAACUCAAAUGCUAUCCAGGUAGAUGUACUGAUCUCGGGUGAUGUUUCUUAACCUAGUGAGUAGAUGCACAAAAUAUAGAAUUAACAAACGGAAUGUAAAUUAUCUUUGAUUUAAGCUGCUUGCCAAAAAGACUGCAACAUUAAUGACACACUGUUUGACUUUGGUUUAGUCGGACUGGCAUCAACAGCAGAUGGAGCUGUAGUAAGUUGCUGAAUUCAUUUCUUAGUUAAUCUGACAGGAGAGUGCUAUCCCUAAAGCUUACUACCUUGGUUUGUGCAUGAAGAUGAUGUGUAAUUAGAAUUGAUUGCUUGAGUCACUGCCCAUUAAAACUGUGAUGUCCAUGUAAUGUGUCUCUAAUUAAUAUGUUGUAUGGUUAUGUCUUGAUGGUUCAUUCAAACAAAGUAAAUGGUUAAGAUGUUUUUCCUUUUGGUGCUGUCUUAUUCAAAAAAAUGUGAAUUUGCUUGUAGAUAAUUUGAAAAAUAAAAAAUAAAAACACA